AGAGAGAGACAGAGAGAGAGAGAGAGAGAGAGAGAGAGAGAGAGAGAGUAAUAGAUCGUGGGAGGAAGGGAAAGACGGAUAAGCCGAAGUAAUUCUAAGCCGCUCGAGUAUCCUCGGGUAUCCGGGAUUCCAACUUUCCAUCUUCCGGCGGACUUUCACUCUACGGAGAAGGCGCAUGGCGAGUCUUUACUGUGUCAUCGCCGACGCUCUAUGCUAAUAUGAUACCCAGGAACGUUUGAUUCACCCUCGACGCUAAUGUUCAAGACACCGGGCGAGGACCUGAACCAACCGUGAGAGCAAAGCAAACAGUUGGCCAGGAUGGAUCUCGCUGAGUUUUUUGCCAUUCUUUACGACUUCGCGCUAUUCAUGGUGAUGGCUAUCGUAUACUUGGUCGAAUCCUUGAUCCUGAUGUUCAUACCGCGUCGCUACCGCAGUAAGGACCUGAGGGAGGAGAUCGCCCUGGUGACAGGCGCCGCAGGCGGUAUCGGACGACUCAUCGCCAUAAAACUCGCCAAUCGUGGCUGUCAGGUCAUCGUCUGGGACAUCAACAAAAUAGGACUCGAAGAAACUGCAAAAAUCAUUCAAGAUGCUGGCGGAAAAUGUUGGGCCUACCAUUGCGAUAUAACUGACAAAGACGAAGUAUAUAAAACAGCUAAGCUUGUCAAACUUGAAGUAGGCAAUGUGACAAUAUUGGUUAAUAAUGCAGGAUAUGUCUAUGGACGAACGUUAUUAGACAUUCCUGAUGACGAAAUUGAACGAACAUUCAAAGUAAACAUUAUUUCGCAUUAUUGGAUAACAAAGUCAUUCCUUCAAGAGAUGAUGAGAGAAAAUCAUGGACAUAUUGUUACGAUUGCCAGUGUCGCGGGCCUUCUAGGAACAUAUAAUUGUACAGACUAUUCAGCAACAAAAUUUGCAUCCAUUGGAUAUCACGAGAGUCUUUUCACUGAAUUAAAAGCUCAUGGUUAUGACGGUAUUAAUACGACAUUAAUUUGCCCGUACUUUAUUGACACAGGAAUGUUUAAUGGAGUAAAACCAAGAUUAAAAUCAAUGCUCCAACCGGAAUAUGUUGCAAGUGAAGUUGUAGCGGCAAUUGCAACGAAUGAAAUUUUCGUAGUGUUGCCUGGAAUCAUCAAAUACCUUUUGCCGUUGAAAUUUUUAUUACCGCCGAAACUCUGUUGGAUUUUAAUGUAUCACAUUCUUCAAGGCCCACAAACAAUGAUGAUGUUAAAAAAUCGAGAAGAAAAGAUAAAAUAGUAAUUUAUUAAACAUACCCUUUU